GAAAAGCUUUUAGGGGCAGGACGGGAAGGGACUUGCGGCUUUCCUCGGCUUUCCGCUCCUGUUCCCGGCAGGGACCCGCGGGGGGCUGUGCCGGGGGUCCCACAGCUCCAUUCGUGCCCCGCCGGAGCACAGUGGCAUUUUCAUGUCCCCGCUGCAGGGUUUGGAGCUGUUGGUGAAUCAGGAGCCCAACACGGCCCGGCCAUCCGAGAGUGGGGGCAGAGGUGAGGGGAAGGGUCCGGCCCCUCUGCCCUGUCUCGCCCGCACGCUUGCUCCCUGCUACUCCGUGGAUGUGCGYCCGGCCUCGGGGAGCCUGGUGUCAGCCGUGGGCUGCACCGUGCUGCUGAUGGCACCUCGGCUGCGGGGCAGCAGGACUGUGUCCUGGGAGUACAGAGUCGGCAUGCAGGAGGGGGUCAUCCUCACCUACAGCUCUGGGCACCCYGUCACAUCCCGGCGCUAUGAGAACCGCACCAUGUUCAACGAGUCAGACCUGUCGCUGCAGGUGGUGUUGGAGCAUGGGGACAGCCGCCUCUACCGCCUCCGGUCRCAGGAGGAGGCCACAGACUGGUUCCAUCUGCAUGUUGUCGCGCCGCUGUCCGAGCCACAGAUCGUGGGCAAUUCCCAGGUGAAGGCAGGAGGCAACAUCAAACUGGUUUGCAGUGUGGUGCAAGGGAAGGCAGAUGCCUACUGGUGGAAAAAAAAUGGGAAACUGCUCGUGGGAAGUGAGCGCAUUCUGUUUGUGGGGAGGAACACCACGCUCUGCAUCCUGYGGGCAUCGAUGAACGACAGCGGCUACUACACGUGUGUGGUGAGCAACGCCGUGAGCCAGAAYGAGACCUCCGUCCUGCUCCGGGUCCACCAUGCUGCCAACGUGAUGCUGCCCAUAGUUCUGACCUGUGUCAUCAUCGGAUUGUUUGCAGGUGUCUUCGUCUGGUGCCAGAGAAGGAAGGACUUGCGUAAUGAAUGUUGCUGAGAUGCCUCCAGCCUCCUCUUGAGGUGGCCCUGCUGCUCAAGCCAAUUUACCCUCCACAAGCCCAAAUUUAUUCUUGGCUGUUCCAGUAAACUGGAGAAGUGGGAGAGCUUAGGGUGCUAUCGCAGCCUCUCUGCUAAGGGGCUGCUSUCUCACUCCAGAGGCUCAGAGGAUUUCCUGUCCCCUCUGUUUUAUCCCCACUGGGAUUUCCUCUGGAAAUAUUCCCUCUCCCAGACCCUGACACUCCUGGUUAUCUUAGCUCUGGAUAAUGGGUGGGCUUUUGGAUGCUCCGGAGAUUUCUGGGAAGAGAGUGAUUCUCAGGAUUUUCUCAGCAAUUGCUCACUCUGUGUGACCACAAAUGCACUUGGGGUGUUCAUUGGAGCUUCCUGGAGGCUGAGGACAAGGAUGUGAGUCCCUAAGGAUGGAAAACCUCUCCCAUGUGGUGGUGGGUUGCAAACAAAAGAGGUCUCAGGUGUCUCAUGUGCAUCCCAGGGAACUUCCCCAGAGAUAAAUUGGUCAAGGUAGCUCCUGCAGUUUGGAGUGGGGCUGGAGUCCAGACCUGCUGCUGCUGCCACUGCCAGCAUGGGACACUCUGAGCUGGCCGAGGCCACAGAGGGGUCCAAGUGGGCAUGGCUCGGAUGGAGACUUCUCCACGCAGGUAGAGCUAAAUCUGAUGUUGCCUUUCCCUGAUGCUGGAUGCUGCUGGGAGUGCCAUGUGUCCCAUCCCAUCUCAGCCACUCCUGGGCUCACCUCUAAAGUGUUCAAGCUGCCAGAACCUGCAAAUAUAUAUUUUUUUUUUGAAAACA